UGGUGGCUGGUGGACAUAGUUGUCACCAUACAUGGUGUAUAUAACCAGUACAUUCUUUAUUGGAUAUUAAUAUGACGUGCGUUAAUAUCAUUAAUGCUGGCAGUAUCCAUUAACCAAGAUGGCGGCGCGGAGCGAAUCACGUGGCGUGGAUGACAGCUGAGCUUUAGUGACGUUUGGAUCCGGAUCCCGGAAGAGCAGCGGGACGUGAUAUCGGGGCGAGAUACAGCGCGAUGGGAUGAGAGAACGCCGCAGAGCCGACCCUUCAUGUCACGUCCCGUUAACUGUUCUGGCGCCGUGGCAGUUGAUUCUUUUGAGGCUGCAGAGCAAACAACUCUUCAGAACGAUCAUUGUAACUACACAAAGCUGAAGACCUGUACAGCCAGAUUAUUUCUGUCUAUUACAAACUCUUCCAUACUGGAUUUUUGCUUAUCAGGUAAACUAUUGAAGAAAAAGAUGGAAAAGCACUGGGUGUUUUGGGCUUGUGCAGAGAAAUGGCUAUUAACUUUGGGAUCCUGGUCGUGGGGACUGUGUAGGAUAUGUCUUCUGCCAUUAAUAUUAACUUUUAAUAUGUAUGGUGGCAUUAUUUUGCUCCUCCUAAUAUUUGUCUCAAUAGCUGGAAUAUUAUUUAAAUUUCAGGAUGUUUUGCUGUACUUUCCUGAUCAGCCUUCCUCAUCACGACUUUAUGUCCCGAUGCCCACAGGAAUACCACAUGAAAAUAUAUUCAUUAAAACAAAAGAUGGCUUGCAUCUCAAUCUUAUCCUUCUGAGAUACACGGGUGAUAACUCAAGCUUUUCUCCAACUAUCAUUUAUUUUCAUGGUAAUGCUGGAAAUAUUGGUCAUAGGUUACCCAAUGCAUUGUUAAUGCUGGUCAAUCUUAAGGUGAACUUGCUUUUAGUUGACUACAGAGGGUAUGGAAAAUGCGAAGGAGAGCCAAGCGAAGAAGGCAUUUACCUCGACUCUGAAGCUGUGCUGGACUAUGUCAUGACCAGACCAGACAUUGAUAAAACAAAGAUCAUAUUAUUUGGACGGUCACUAGGGGGAGCUGUUGCUGUUCAUUUGGCCUCAGAAAAUGCACACAGGAUUUCAGGAGUCAUGUUAGAAAAUACAUUUCUUAGCAUUCCUCAUAUGGCCAGCACUCUGUUUUCUUUUCUUCCCAUGCGCUAUCUUCCAUUAUGGUGCUACAAGAAUAAGUUCUUGUCUUACAGGAAAAUCUCUCAAUGCCGAAUGCCUUCUUUGUUUAUCUCUGGCUUAUCAGACCAGUUAAUUCCUCCUUUUAUGAUGAAACAGCUCUAUGAACUCUCCCCAUCGCGGACUAAAAGAUUGGCCAUCUUUCCUGACGGGACUCAUAACGAUACCUGGCAGUGCCAAGGCUACUUUGCUGCACUUGAACAAUUUAUAAAAGAACUGACCAGUAAUCACUGUCCAGAAGAAAAUACAAAGACCUCAAAUGUGACGAUAAUAUGAAUGCCAACUUCCUUUGCACUGUUUGUUGUAUAUAAAGUUUUUGAGUGAUGAAAAGAA